GGUCCGUGUUUUCAGCAUUUUAGAAAUGUCUGUUGUAGCAUUUUCAAUUGUACAGAUCAUGGGCGCAUCAUCUCCGGAAUUGCAUUAUUGUCCGAUGUGUGGUAUUCCAAAUGAUAACCCUUACAAUUCCCCGUGUCCAACCUGUUCGUGUAAUAUAAAUUAUCAAAAUUAUCAGACUUCGGUUUGCCCAACGAAUACCCCAUAUCCCUAUUUCAGUGCUCAAAAUAUUGAUAGAAGCUGUCCGUCGGAGCUAUCGACUGGCCAUGUGGUUGGUUCUUCUUGUAACUGUGCUGCAGGUGGAUUUCCUUACGAAAUCCAGGUUCCACCAAAUGUUCAACCAUCGCCAACUAAAGUGUCAUAUCCGUAUGUUUCCGAGGAUCCUGCACAUAGUCCGUGUCAACAAACAUUAAAAAAUUUCGGAUAUCAGUUACAAAUUCCCGUAGCCCACCGGCGUGACUCAAACUAUGGUUCUCUUAGUGGAAUCGUCGACAAAAUAUACAAAAAGUGUACUCCGUGCAAUCGCGCGUUGUAAAUAAUUUACACCAAUUAUUGCUAUAUUGAACCAACAGAAGAUGAUCAAUAAUCGCUAAACAUCUCCAGUAUACGAU